UACUUUAGUGAGUGAUUGGUAGACGGACAACAGUCGAAUCCGUUGUAAAAUAAAACCUGUAAACGCCACACUCACCGUUUGUCGUGACAAUCGAUGUUACACAUAGGACUGGGCAAACACAGGAAAAGGAGCAAGAUAUUAUUAUUUGUGCUGUAUAUAUGGGGUUGUUCUAAACCAUGAAGGAGGUUAAGGAUAACUCGUAUAGUUACUACUACCAUACAAAUUAUGUUCGAAACAGUCGUGCCAUCGCAAUUGCGUGGGCCAUCUUCACCAUCUGCUUCGCCAUAAUUCUGAUCGUGGUCUUCGUUCAGCCGUACUGGAUCGGCGAUGGCCGCGAUGCUCAAGGCGUAGGCUACGUUGGCCUGUAUCAUAUGUGUGUAAGCUUCGGCCUAAGAGGAGAGCCAGAUUGUUCGAGGAAAAUAUUCGAUUUCAGUCAAAUAGACGGAAAUUCAGCACUAACAGCUGCCACAGUUUUUGUUGGGCUUGGUGUUAUUUUUGUUCUGUUGUCAAUUUUUGGAAUGUGUUGCUUUAUGUGUCGUCUACCCACAACGGCAACGGUGUUCAGAAUCUGUGGCGUUUUACAGCUUUUGACAGGUAUAUUUGUCCUCAUUGGUAUCAUCAUUUACCCUGCUGGAUGGGACCACAACAUAAUCCAAAGCUUGUGUGGUGGCGAUUCAUAUUCACUUGGCGGAUGUCAGCUGCGAUGGGUGUUUGUGUUGGCCAUCGUGGCUGUAUUUGAUGCAUUCAUCCUAGGAAUUCUAGCCUUGCUUCUCGCCAGUAAACAUGAUAAACUUCAUCCUGAACACUUUUCAGAAUACUACGCACCAAAAGCUGGUAAAUUUUCGGAAAAGAGUUCAAUCUCACGAGCGUCAAUAGUUUCUCGGAACUUCAAUGUGAACCCUCUUCCUGUAGGAGAAGGCAAUGAGGAUGAGCGAAGCAACGGAGGUGUAUCGUCAUCCGGCCACCGUGGACCAUCGCCUGAUAAUGAACCAACGUAUGCAUCGAUUCAGAAACGAAAUCGUUCUGGCACAAAAGGAUCAUCUGCUAGCGGUAACGGAGAUGCAAGAAUAGAUGCGGACACCGAUAGACAUGAUGAUAGGCAGGACCUUGUGAUGUGAGACGUCCCUAUGACUUUAUUUUUAUACCACAACCUUUUGUACUAAAUAGUGAUUUUAUUCUACAGUAAAUCAUUUGAUGUUUUGAAUAAAAUAUUUAUUACUGUUGUUGAUUUAGCAAAAUUUUAUGUGGAUUAGUGAAAUGUAUAUAAUAUUUGCAAAACAAAAUAAAAUGGAGCAAAAAUUAUAUCAUUUAAUUUUCAAACUAGAGACAGGACGUGAUAUCAGUAGUGUACCAUUCACAUAUUUACAAAUCAUUUGUUGUGAGUCUGCAUUGUUUAUUUUUUUAUGUCUGUUAAAGUGUAUUGUAAACAUCAUGGACUUCCUACCAUUUGAUUGGACAUGAUGCAGACCUUUAUAACUACUCUUAUGCACCAAAUUAGAUUUUUUAAAAUACAGUACCACUUCAAAAUGUGUGGUCACUGGUAAUGGUUGCUUAUAUUGUGCUCUCCCUUGUGGGUACAAAGCGCUUUUGUCUUCCGGGAAUGGGUCCACUUGCCUGCUGCCCUUUCGUUGCAAAAGCAGGCAAACCUAUCAGGUACCCAAUUACAGGUAUACUACCUGGAGAGAGCAAUGUAGAUAAAAUGCCUUGCGCAAGGGCACAAGCAAAAUGUACAUCGAAGGACUGAGACACCCGACCUUAAGGUUAGGCAACCUGAGGUUGGGAAUAAAAUUUACUAAACAGCUAAACAGUUUCAAUGAAAACAAAUCCUAUUUAUUCAUAUAGUCAGUCAUUAGAAAUUGUAAGUUAUAAUCAAAGGUAUUUUUCUCUGGACAUUACUACAGUGCCAUUAUAAUUUUACUGUACAAAGAAGUGAACAUACAUUGCAUACUGUGUUACAGUACAUGACUUAAAAUACUUGCUUUAAUAUUUUACAUUUACAAAUUUAUUGUGUAUUACAUUUCAGUUUCAUGUAGAACAUGAAUAUUAUCCACAAAAAUGAUUUACUUUGUAGACAAAUCUAUGUGUUGUAUGAUUUAUUAUAUUUUAUUCAAAUUGUCAUGGAUUUAUUUUUAAGUAUGGAUUUAUUUAUUCAUUGGAUAAAUAUGGGUGAGAUCUGUGUCUAGUUUACAAUACAGUUGUGUUGCCAAGGCAACCUGUAACCUCAUUUCCUAGAAUGGCCAUUGGGAAACUACAGGUUUACCAGUAAAAGCAAUGAUAACCUUGAAUCGAAUCCAGAGUAAUUAUCUAUUGAUUUCACCUUGAAAAUGAAAACUUGCCUUUGUUAAUUGAUUUAUUUUAAUUGUUUAGUAGUAUAUUGAACUAUUUGGUCAUAAUGAUGAAUAAUAUCAACUGUUAACAUAUUGAAAAUUAUACCUUGAUUUUAAGUUGGUGGAUGUAUAUAUUCUUUUUUAAUAUGCUUGAUUGGUAGUUGUCUUUCAUUUUAAGAUAUCUGUGUGGAGAAUUUGAGUACUGUAAAUUUAAUUAAAUGGAUUAUCUUUAUUAUAAAAUUAAGUUUUGAGGCGGUGAAAUUUCUUGUUAAAAGUACAUAGUAUUUUAAAAAUGCUUAGUAUCUAAUUCAUAUUUAGUUCAUAAGUUAUAAGGACGGUAAAAUAAUUAUCAAGAUUCUUGGUGCCCUAAUAGUUGUUGGAAACUCAUUAUGCAAAUGUCUACACAAUAGAUAUUGUGUGUUUAUUGCCUUUUGAGGUGGAAUGUGCACUGAAAAUUUCAUGCACACAUGAGCAAAGUCUACUGAGUUAUUUUAACAUGGUGUGACUGAUAGAUAGCUCCAUGCUAAUGUACAGUAUCUAAAAUUGGGUAUAUAUACUUUGUUUUGGUUGGUUUUGCUCAAAACUUUUAAUAUAUUAUACAAAUAAU